AUGAAUGGACAUCGCCUGAUUCUCUUUUAUGUUUCCAUCAGCGAAAGUUAUUUUUUACUUCCAGGAUGGCAGCCGCGCUAUUUUAUUCUUAAUGAAACUGGUAUAUUAUCAUAUUAUAAAUCGCGAGAAUUAAUUCAUGAAGGUUGUAAAGGCUCGUGUCGUGUAUCAGCUUGUGAAGUGAAAGCUCAUCCACAUGAUCCAUUAAGAAUUGAUAUUGCUAUUCCUUGUGAACAACUGUUUUGUUUACGUGCUAAAAGUCAACCAGAUAGACAAAAAUGGUUAGUGGCACUUGGUAGUUGUAAAGCAAUUGGAAAUAAGUCAACAAAUAAUACUAAUACAUCAACAGCAUUAGUAUCGUCAACAGCCACAUCGUUACAUUCAAUCUCCGUAUCUGAUCACGAAUUACAAUUAAAAAUUCAUGAAUUACGUUUAUAUAGUGAUUUAUUAAUGCAACGUGUACAUACAGUGAAAUCAGUAGCGAAUGAUACACCCGUCCCAGAUGUUAAAAAAUUAGACGAGUCAACGUCAAUGUUGAGUGCAACAUGUGAUGCAUUUAUUCAUACAUUAGACGAAUGUGUUAAACUAGCAACAGGUGGCUCCGGUGAAGGAUCAUUACUCUCACCAUCAUCGCCAACUUCAGGAACGUCAUGUUUUAAUUUACCUUCCUCUCCUUCUUUUAAUGUUUCUAAUGAUUCACAACGGCGAUCGACUGAUGACGGUAAUUCUUCUCUAACUACAACAACAGUCAUCAAGCCAAUAAAAAAUGAUGCAAUAAAACAAACUAUUCCAGCACCCAUUGUUUAUCGAUCAUUUUUUUCCGAACUUCGCUACAAAUUUUCUGAAUUAAGUUCUGGCCCAUUUACUGAUUUAAAAACUGAAUUAUUCCUACUUACAUGUGAAAGUUAUUUUACUCUGAUUGAUAAAUUCAAUAGUCCAACAUUUAUUCCUCUCAAAGCUGAUGUCAAUGGAAAUAUUAGUAAACUUCGACGAAAAAUGAGUACAGAUUCUGCCAAAUUUCAAACAUUAAAAUCAAUUAUAGAUGAUGAAAUUCAAGCACAAACAACAAAAGAAAGAAAUUCGGCAACAGAUGCACUUUUAUGGCUAAAAAGAGGUCUCCAUUUUUUAUGUUGUUUUCUACAUGAGUUUGGUUUGGGUGAUAAAAGUGUUGAAGAUGCCAUAAAUAAAGCUUACAGUCAGUCGUUGAAACGUUAUCAUGGCUGGAUUACACGAGGAAUAUUUUCGGUUGCUUUACGUUCCGUUCCAUAUACUGAAGAUUUUUUAAAAUCACUAGUAAUUGAUCAAGAAGAUUUAGCAGAAGUUUUAUUUGAACAACAAAUUCUUGAUGAAAUGACCGAUCAUAGUUGGCAUAUGGAUAAUGUAUUAAAAAAAAUUAAUGAUUAUUAUUUUCAAAGUGGAAAAUGUGGAAAUAUACAAUUAGAAAAAAUGAAAGUAUCCGAAAAAAUUCGAAAACAUAAUUCUCAUUUAAAAAAUCAAAAUACCUUAAACGAAACAUCCUCUUUUAAUGGCGUAAAUUUAAAACGUAAAGAGCGUCGACAAUUGCAACGAAAACUUGUUAAAGCAAGACGGGAUGCUCAUCGACGAAAAACUAAUUUGCCAACAUUAAAGGCAUUAUCAGAAGUCAAGCAUAAUCAUUUAAGUGAAUCAACAUCCAAAGAUGUUACUAUGAAAAAAUCGAAAAAAAAGAAGCGAAAGAAAAAAUCAAAAUCCAAUGAAACUCCAGCACAAAAAAUUCAUCGUCAGAAUUUAAUAGAAGAUAAUGAAAAAGAAGAUUUAGAAAUAAAAAAAUUAGAAAAAAAAUUAGGAAUAAAACAAACUCGAAAAAGUUAUCAAAAGGGUUUUGUGGAUGAUGGUCUAGAUUAUUUACUUGAUUUUUGUGAUUAUGACAUACGUAAAGAAAUAGUAAAAGGAGAAGGAUCUAAUAAUACAAAUGAAUGGUUAAUUUCUAAUGAAGAAGAAGGAGAACAAGAAAAACAGGAACAAGAACAAAGAAGAGAACGAGUUGAAAAAGCAAAUGUUCUUAAUAAUAAUGAAGUUGAAAAUAAGUCAACUAAGGAAACACGUGUCAAAUUUAAUGAUGAAAUAGAAAUGAAAACACUUGAUAGAGAUGAAGAAAAUCAAAGUGAAUCAGACAUGAUGGUUAAUGAAGAAACGGAUGACAGUGAUAAUCCUGACGAUGAUGAUGAUGAUGAUGAUGAUGAUGAUGAAAAUGAAUUAGUCAACGAAACGAAUAGUGAAACUGAAGCUGUACAAGAAGAUAUAUAUGGACGUACGAUUGAUUCUAAAGGAAAUGUUGUUAAACAACAAGGUAGCUCUAUACUUAAUGUUAAUUAUUCGUUCAUUUGUCAUUUUAUAUUUAUUUUAUCUAUUUUAGCUGGUAUCUAUAUUCCACCAUCUCUUCGUCAAGAUGUCACAAGUAUUACAUCAUCUGUUGAAUAUGAACGAUUAAAACGUCGUUUAAAAGGUCAACUCAAUCGUUUAAGUGAAAAAAAUUUACAAUCAAUAUUAAAUGAAAUUGAAACAUUAUAUCGUACAAAUAGUCGUGCAAAUAUGAAUACAUGUUUAUGUUCAUUAAUCAAUGACAGUUUAAUAUCUCAGCAAUCAUUGACACCAGAAAAUAUGAUUGCUGAACACGCUUUAUUAAUGUCAAUAUUACAUACAAAUAUUGGAUUAGAAAUUGGUUCGUAUUUUAUCGAAUAUUUUCUAAUAAAAUUUGAUCAAUUGAUUAAUGACAAACAAACAGCAACAAUUGAUAAUAAACAAAUUGAUAAUAUUCUAUUAUUUAUACUUUACCUAUAUAGUUUUUACAUGACCAACACAAAAUUAAUUUAUGAUAUUGCACGAAAAUUAUUGAAUAACGAUAAAAAUCUAAAUGAAAAACACUUAGAAUUAGUUUUAUUAUUAUUAAAAACUGUUGGAUUUUUAUUGAGAAAAGAUGAUCCACUAUCAUUAAAACUCUAUUUACAAGAGUUACGUUCAAAAUGUACUUCUAAUACGGAUAUCAAUGUUCAAUUGUCAAGUAAACGUGUUGAAUUUAUGAUGGAUAUUAUACAAGGUUUAAAAAAUAAUGAUGUAAGAAAAAUACCCGGUUAUGAUCCAGAAAGAAUAGAACGAUUACGUCGAUUAUAUCGACAAAUUAUAAAAGAAAAAACAUCAACAUUAACAAAUCAAUUAAAUGUGUCAUACAUAGAUUUUUUACAAGCUCAAACAAAUGGUAGAUGGUGGAUUGUUGGCUCAUCAUGGCAAAAACGAGAAGAUAUAAGGAAGAAGAAUGAUGUGACAACUGAGAAAGUUACGAGUAUGAGUCAUGAUGGUGAUGAAUUUAAUGAAAAAGUGUUAAUGUUAGCACAAAAACAACAUAUGAAUACAGAUGUGAGAAAGACAAUAUUUUGUACAUUAUUGACCAGUGAGGAUUGUGAUGAUGCCGUACAAAAACUUCAUAAAAUGAAUUUAUCCAAAUUUCAAGAGAGAGAAAUCAUUUAUGUCAGUGUUCAUUGUUGUUUACAAGAAAAAUCAUAUAAUCCAUAUUAUUCAUUAAUUAUACAAAAAUUUUGUGAUUUUCAUAGACGUUUUAGAAUUGCAAUUCAAUAUCAUUCAUGGGAUAAAUUUAAAGAGUUAACAGAGAUGAAUGAACAUCAAUUAGACAACUUUUCAUUACUUAUAUCGGAUUUAAUUCAAACACAGUCGUUAUAUUUAACUGUAUUCAAGAAUUUUAAUUUUAUUGAAUUAACUCGUUCUGCUCGUACAUUUCUUGUUAAAAUAUUUUAUAAUUUAUUUCUUAAAAUUGAUGAUUCAACAUUAAAAGAAAUAUUUCAAAGAGUUGCUAGUACAGAAAAAUUAUCAUUUAUGAAAGAUGCAUUCAGAUUAUUCUUAUCUCAUUUUGUAUUAAAAAAUAAUCGACCCGUUGAUGAACAAGAAAAUAAUCCAACAAUUCGUCGUCGUUGUCAAACAGCUAUUGACAUUUUAACAUCGUCGAAUAAUAUUUGA